GGCGAGAGGCUUCUGCGCUCGUUUGAAUUCCAUCCCCGCCGCCAAACUCGGACAAUAACAGCCAGUGUCACCGGCGGAGGAGUCGCAGCUGCCCGCCCGUCUCCCUCCUCGCCCGCCAUGGACUCCUUCCCGGGAGAAGACCCCACCUUGCCUGUGGAGUUCAACGGCAGUGUCAACUUUUCCCGACUGCCAGAUGUCUCAGGGGAUGAAAUUCGUAUCCCUUUGGGAGGUGGCGGAGCUUUACCAGAUGUGGCGGAAGACACAGUUUCACCCACCAGAGCACGGACCAUGAAGGAUUUUGAAAAUCAAAUCACUGAGCUGCGAAAAGAGAACUUCAAUCUGAAACUGCGCAUAUAUUUUCUGGAAGAACGAAUGCAGCAGAAAUUUGAUGGUCCAAGUGAAGAGAUCUACCGAAUUAAUAUUGAACUCAAAGUUGAAUUGGAAAGCCUGAAACGAGAGCUGCAGGAACGGGAACGAUUGCUCGUCAAGGCUUCAAAAGCAGUGGAAAGCUUGGCUCAGGGUGGUGAUGCUGAAAUCCAGCGUGUGCAGGAAGAGGCUCAUAAGAAGCUUCAGCAAGUAGAAGAAGAUUUGACAAGAAGAAUAAACCUUUUGGAAGAGGAUCUUAAAACUGCGCAUGAAGAACUAGAAAAAGCAUUUGCAGUGACAGAACGGGAGCGGGUUCUAAGGAUGGCUGCUGAUCAUCAGCUCUCUUUGCUUACAAAUAUCCCGCCCAAGGAUCUGGACAUGGUGGUGGCACUCGAAGAAAAAGACAGGUGUAUAGAGCAGCUGAGACUAUCACUGAAAAACAAAGAAGCUCUCAUCCAGCACCUGGAAGAGGCCCAGUCCAAAGCUGGAUUUUCUGAGGAGAAUUUGUCAGCAGAGAAAACCCAAGCUUUGAUGGAUGAAAAAGAGCGGGAGUUGGAGGCUCUCAGAAAAGAGCUCCGAAAUGAGCAAAAUGAAUCAGAAGAACGAAUUCAGUCGCUCCAGGAGGAGCUGCAUGAACGGGAGAGGGAGCUUUCUGUGGAAAGGAGAAAUGCUUUGAAACGAGACAAAACUAUCCAGGGGUUAACAGUCGCUUUAAAGACCAAGGAAGACGAGAAUGAAGAGCUUAGUUCUGAAUUGGAAAGUUUAAAUGCCUCAUUGGUCAAGGCGAGAGAGGCCACUCAUAAAGCCCAGAUGCAGUCGUUCAAGGGCACCGAAGAUUACCAGGCCCUCUUGACGGAGAAAGAAAACCUCCUGGCGGAGCUGCGCUCUGAAAAUCUGACCAAAGACAUGGAGAACCGUAAGCUCCAGCGGAGAAUGAAGAGGACCGAUCAAGAGCUGGCCGACCUGCAGCUCGAGAGGGAGAGGCUGCUGAAGGAGCUUGAGGAAGCCCAGGCACAGAAGAACAGAAGUGACAAAGCCAUUAAUGAGCUAGAUGGGAUGAUUAAAGAAAAGGAUAGGGAGCUGGAGGAGUUGUCUGCAAAGUCUCAAAGUCUUUUAAACGAUAAAGUGAUUCUGCAGAGGGAGAACAAAGCCUUGGCAAAGGAAAAGUGUGCCGCUGAGUCUCAACAGCCCGAGAUCAAAAUGUUCCAAGGAUUUGAGCAAGCAAAGGAAUCUGAAUAUGCAGCAGUGAUUGAAGCCCUGCGAAAAGAACGUGAUGUUUUUUCGGAUCUGAUAAAGUCUCUGAAAGAUGCUGAAGGGAUAAAUAACCUGCAAGCAGAGCUGAGCAACAUUUCUCUGUUACGCAAGCAACUGGAGGAUGACAUCUUGGCAAACUGGAAUUUGCGGAAAGAACUGGAAGAGCAAAUCAAGGCGAACAAAGGGGAAGAGGAAACGUUGUUUUCUUGGGGUGAGCAGACCUCUUACAUGAGCAUUUGCUUAGGCGAACAAGAUCCCUUGAAUUUGCGGAUAGACCAGCUGUCCCUGGAAGAACUUAAGAAAAAGAUUACUGAGCUCUUCUUGGUGGUGAAGGAGCUGCAUGCAGUAAAUCAAGCUCUCAAACAGAAGCAACAGGAUGGUUCCAAGUUGGAGUCUGUGGCAAAGGAAACACAGCAACCAUUUGACGAGAAUGAGUUUCUUAAAAGAACAGAAGAAAGCAGGUCCGAAACUGAAGCUUAUGACGAAGAGAUGAGCACCCUGAGUUCCCAGCAACCUGAGGAGGACAGUAAGGUAAUUCCUUCAGACUCUUCCGACAGACAGAGUUGGAAUUCCAAUAAACUCGUGUUUGAACGUGAUCCAGCUGUUGGCGAUUGCUUAGGAGGAAGCCAGGUGGGCAAAUGCGAAGCUCAAGAAAGGAGUUCGCUGGUGUCUCUUUUAAAUGAAAAUGAAGCAUCGGCACUUGACUCUCGACAAGAACAAAUGAAAUCUGCAAACAAACUCUUAGAUCAUCUAAGCACAACUGAGCAAGACAGGUUGAGUGAGGAUCUGGAGAAUAAAGACGAGAAAGACCUUAAGCAACUGAUUAUUCAACUGAGGGCUGAACUCCAGCACUGCACAGAAGUAAAUAAAUUCUUAAAGCAGCGUGUGGAAUUGAAGCCGACUUUGGCAGAGAAAGCACUGCUUGAUCCCACUCCAGAGCUGGGGAUUAAUGCAAAUAUUGAAUUGUCAAAAGCAGAAGUGAAAGAAUCGGCUACACAGACAACGGCUGUUGAGGGUAAAGGCAUGGGACUGAAACAUGAAGGCAAUAUCGCAGGCUCUGAAGACAAAGGCAAAUCUUCACAAUUAAACCGGAAGUGGGAGCUGUGGCAAGAGACGGCAGAUCUGAAGAGCAACCGACGGGAGAACCUCCCACUCACGAGCAGAACAAAUAAAAGCGAUUCUAAUCAUCCAGCCAAUAAAUCCCGUUUGCCCAUUUUACUGAAAUCGUCGAGGUCGCUGGGAAACAUUCCCUUAAGCAUCCGCACGCAGAAGCCCGACAUGUAUCUUCAGUAUCGCAUCCUCACCUUGGAUGAAGAUCUGAACGACAACUGUGAACAAUCCAAGUCACUUCAAGACGAUUCACAGAUGAGCAAAGCUGCCAAUGGGAGACCUGAACAAGAAGGGGUAUUAGUAGGAGCUGAAUCCUUGAUCCAGCUGGAUUGCUCGGAAGCAGGCGAUAGUUCGGUCAGUGGUGACAUCAAAGAAGAGACGAGCAAGGACCAGAGCAGAACCCAAAAAACAGAAGCUACCGAACAUGAGCCUUAUCCUUGCGCCCUGGAAGUGCGAAAUCAAGAGGUUUCUUUCCUGGAUAAACCCGAUGUUGAUUCAGCUACUACAUAUUCCGGGUCCAAGAGCCUGCUCUCCCUCAAGCUGAGCGUAACGAGCACCGAUGCUUUUGACGGGGACGCCAUCGAUGACGUUGAGGAACUGCGACAAAGAGUUAAGGAUUUGAAAGCCGACCUGGCAAAGUACAGAGCGCUGCUGCUCCACUUGCAGCCUGCCAAGCAGCUCCUCCCCGGGGAUGUUUUCAAUAUCGUCCACGGGGACGGAGAGUUGCCCAAGGACAGCCACUUUCUCCCAAUGCUAGACGUUGGUAGGCCGGACGCAAAGGUGUUAUUUGGCAGCCUCCAGCAGAUCGAUUAUCAAAUCCACAUUGAGAAUCUGACGUAUCCAGCCACAGAAAAUCAGAACGAAGUCACCGUCGAGAAGCUUCAAGAGCUGCUGCUGGAAAAUGAGGCUGAGCUGGAAAAAGAGCAGAUUGCAAAUAUGCACCUCCUGGACGAAGUGUACCGUCUACAAAGCAAGCUCAAAGGCGUUUUGCCACUGAGGUACAACCCUCCGACCCUCUCGCUGGAGCACGAGUCCUCCGGCCAGCACCAGCAAUUUCAAGACAGCCACGGCGCCUGUGUAACUUACCGCCAGCACCUCUCCGACCUGAUCAAAGCGUUUGAGGAACUCCUGCAGGCCAGUGAAGUGGAUUGCUAUGUCGCCGAGGGCUUCCGCGAGCAGCUCAAUCAGAGCGUCCAGCUGUUCGAGAGGCUGGAGAAGCUGUGCUUGUACGGAGAGUCAUUAGAUGAUGAAAUGACUAAACUUUGCAGAGUUGCCCGAAGCCUGUCCAACUUUGAGAUGGCAGAAAAGUCGCCCAUUUCGAACUCACUGGAGCGUAAACAAGAAGGUGUCGAGCAGGCAAGGGAGCAGCAGGCCGUUGUGCCAGCCAAGUUUCCCCCAGAACUGUUAAUGGAGCAUCUCCAAGAAAUUCGAAUGCUGAGGCACCAGCUCGAAGAAUCCAUUAAAACCAACGAUCGCUUGAGGAAGCAGCUGGAGCAGCAGGUGGCCGACUCCGCCCCGGACCAAGGCAGUCCCGCAAACGUUUGUAUCCAUGGCUCAGAGCAACAUGAUUCCCUGACUUCUGAAAUUCAUUUCCUGAGGAAGCAAAAUCAGCUGCUGAACAUAAUGCUGGCGAACGGAUCUCGAGACAAACAAAAGGAAAACGAAAAGUUGCGUGAAUCACUUUCAAAGAAGCAUAUUAUUGUUGAGCGCCUGCACAAGGACUUCGAGUACAUGAAAAAAGAAAACGAGAAGCUGCAAAAAGAAGUGGGCAAGAGGGAGGAAGAAAACGGGCAGCUGACGCAUGAAGUUUAUAACAUCAGAAAUGAGUUAAAUAGGCUGCAGACAGAACUGAACGCAAAACAGCGCCAGCAGUUGGAGAACGACAAAUUGCUGCACUCGCUGCAACUUGAGCUCAAGGUGUACGAAAAGUUAGACGAAACAAUCAAAAGUCAAAAAGAUCUCAGCCGUGACGGAUCAGACGAGUGCUGGAAAGAUCAAAACAGCCCACUUGACUUGCAUGAACUAUUAACUGAAAUACGGGACUUGAGAGCACAGCUUGAAAGAAGCAUCCAGGCAAACAGGACGUUGCACGAAAAACUCGAAGAGCAGCUUUCAAGAGGCAGGAGACAGAAAGCCAGCUCAGGGUCGACUGUGAAUAUCAACUACCUUUUGAAACAAGAACUGCAGCAUUACACUGGGAUCAAUGAGUUCAGAUUCCCCACGGCCGACAGCAAUGUCCUUGCCUUACAGCAGAAAUACGGGUGCUGCACGUUGCCAUUGAAAGCAGAUGCAGAGCUAUCUUUGGAUGAUUCGGACAGAUCUUCCCAGGGCAGCUCCUCAGCUAGCCAAUCCCAUGAGCCUUGUGUUGUUCCUGGCCAUUGCGUGUGGGCGGACAAAAAUGGCAGGCAUGUCCUUGGUUUGGUUGAGGACUAUAACUCUUUACGGAAGCAGAUCUCUGGAACGCGAAAGCUGCUGUCUGAAGUGGAGCUUCCUCUGGAACAUCAGGAGCUUGGAGUGAAGGUUGCAUGCCAAGCAUCUCUGGACAGACAUUCUUCAGCCAUCUGUGCUGCGCGGCGCAACUUGGAAGAAGCGGCUGGUCUCUUGAAGCUCCUCUGGAGAGUCUCCUUGCCUAUGAAAGUUGUCCAUAAAACCGCUUACUCUCUUCAGGAUGAAAACAUGAAAGCAGAGCUGCGUCAGCUCCGGAGGCAACUGGCCGAUCAGGAGAAGACGUUGCACAGCACGGUGAUGCGCUUGCGCUCGACCAACCAGCUCAAAGAGAACAUGGAGAAAGUCAUCAUCAACCAGCUGGCCUUAACUCACGAUGUUUUAAAGAAGGCAAGAGGAAACCUGGAAGUUCAGCCAGCUGAGAACAAAAUCUCGACCGCCUGCUUCAGCACGAAAAGGGUUUUGUGA